AUGUCCUCCUCGGACCCUUGUCCAGCGUGUAGUUGGACCACCGAACGUCAAGGACAUUGCAGCUACAAAAGCCACGUCAAGCUGUUUUAUGAAGCAGGCGAUCGAGGCGUCUGGUCGUUAGGCUCGAAUGUGAUCCUCAAAGACCGAGGUGGUAGUCUGCCCACCCGUGAAGUGCCAAACAUCCAAUUUGUGCAGGAACACACUUCGAUACCUGUACCCGGGAUUAUCGAAUCUUGGGAAGAAGGCGACCAUACCCUCAUCCUAAUGAGACGUAUUCCUGGCGAACCCCUCAGCGAAGCGUGGCCAAAACUUUCUACCGAGCAGAGGGAAAAUAUUGCACGACAGACUGCCGAGUAUCUGCUCCAACUACGCAAGCUCCAGGCCGACAAUAUCCAAGCACUCGGUGGCGGUCCGGUUUAUUCCAACUUCCUGUUCAACGAUCCUGUUGAUAAUCUUCCCCACGGUCCUCUGGCCUCCGACGAGGAGCUCUGGGCUGACAUGGAACGUGGGCUGAACGAAGACGUACCCGAGGCUGCACGAAUGCGCCUCCGACGUUGCAUGCCCUCCGCUAGCCCUUAUACCUUUACGCACAGCGAUCUCACCAAUGUUAACAUCAUUGUUAAGAAUGGCUCCCUUACUGGCAUCAUUGAUUGGGAGACGUCUGGAUAUUUUCCAGUAUGGUGGGGGUACGUCUCUACCUCUGUCCCCGAUAGUGAGGAGGACAGGGAAUGGAAAACUUUACUGCGAAAAUACAUGCCCGAUCAUAGUGCCGCGCGGGAAUUCUGGCUGAAUUAUUACUAUCUCUGCCGUGAUCUUGACAACGAAAGAGCGAAGAAGUUCAUUGAGGAAGCAGCGCAUGAGACCUCUCUCUGA